GCAGCUACUGGGGUUGCACAUUUGGGCAAGAUGAUGGAGGAGGUGUCCGUGAUGAUGGCGUAUGAUGCCCAGGUUAUGGAGCAGAUGAGCGAGGAGGAGAUCCUGGCCUGUCUGGUGGAUGAAACGGGACCGAAAUUCACAGUCCCGACAAAGAAAGCUAAACUGAGGGAAAGCCGGCUUCAGAUAAUGGAUGAUGAAGAAGAAGAAGAAGACCCUUUGGACAAAUACCUGAAGGAAAACCGUCAGCUCCAGCAGGCCAGCCUCCGUCUGGAGCAGGAGAAUGACAACCUGGCCCACAGACUAAUCAGCAGCAAGGUCGCCCUGAGGAACGCUCUGGACAAGACGGAGGACAGAGUGGACGAACUCACCAAAGACCUUCUGCAGACCAGACAUCGUCUGCAGGCCACAGAGGAGGAGAAGAGAGUGAAGGAAGAGGAAGCUGCAAUGCUAAAGGAAGUGUUUCGGAGAGAGCUGGAGAAAGCUGAGCAGGAAGUCAAGAGGUCGUCAGGCAUCGUCGCAGAUUACAAGCAGAUCUGCUCUCAGCUGACAAACCGUCUGGAGAGGCAGCAGGCCGCCCACAAAGACGAGUUAGAUUCACUCAAGAGUGCAGUGAAGGCCUGCGCUCGCUGUCGGCACCUUGUGGAAAGACACGAACCUCCGACUGCAGGUGAGACCUCUCCAACAGCGGCUCUGACAGAAGGCCAGGGGCUGACCGAAGCAGGCCAGGAUGAGGACGAUGAAGGUCCUGAAAAGGCAGAGCAGAGGAGGGAGGACAAGGAGAAGGAGUCCCUCAAGGUUCAGAUCAGGGAGCUGGAGCAGGAGUUGGCACAGACUAAACUCCAGAUGGUGGAGGCUAAAUGCAAAAUCCAGGAGCUGGAGCACCAGAGGGGACUCCUGACCAAUGAUCUGCAGGAGGCAAAGAACAGCUGGAUCAGCAAGGCCUUCACCUCCCUGCGGACAUCGAGCGGGGGACUGCAUGGUAUUGGCACGCCCAAGGAUGGGGCUCCAGCACUGGGCUGGAACCUCCACAGUGGCUCCCUGUCCGGAUGGAGCAGCAAGAAGCUGUCGUGGCCUCACAGAGACAAUCGAACGGCUCGGACUUUGGAUGCAGAUCACCUAAAACUGGACACUUUAGACUGAUCAAGCUUCUUUAACUGUAGCUGUUAUUUUUGGUUUUGUGCACUAGAGGGCAGAGUAGAGGACAAAAUGAGCGGAGGAGAGAGAGAACAGGUGCUGAUAGAUAAGUACCCUCAUGUCUCCUCACCACUUUCCAAGAGCUGCAUUCAGUGAUGAAGCUCUGUCUACAUAUGUACAACUAAUCCAU